AGGCCCUUCAUCAAAAAUGGUUUGUUUCAUAAAUUGACCUGUUUUUCUUGUCAUUUCUUUCUCGCUGCGUCCUUCAUUGGGUUUACUUCGACGAUGAAUAAUCACCACCACCAUAAACAUGCCCAGUAAUCGUAAUGCUAGCCAUGCUAGGCUCGAUCGGCAUGGCCAUGAUCAUACUGGCCUGUGCACUUCCCGCGUACAACUUGUGGUGGCCAAUAUUCGUCGUACUUUUCUACAUAAUAUGUCCUAUACCGACGAUGAUUGCAAAGAGACAAAAUUCGGAUGACGCAUCGCGUGCUGCUAACGCAAUGUUUGCUACGAUCGGUAUCGUCAUGAGCAGUUUCGCACUGCCCAUUGUCAUGGCUCGUGCAGAAGUGAUCCAAUGGGGUGCAUGUCUUCUUACGCUAGCGGGUAAUGUAGGCGCCUAUGCGACCAUUUUGGCGUACUAUUUCGGUUUCGAAUCGAACGACUCGAGCAUGUGGUGAGGUGCAGUACUGUCGUUAACGCUAUCCGUAAAAAUCAAUGUGCGCAAAGAAGCGGCAGAACUCGUUUCGAUAAGCGAACCAAAACAUUGCCUACAUAUUUUCAAGCAUCUUCAUCUUCCAUUGUCAUCAGCUGCUAUUCCACUCCGUGACGAUGUGUGCGAUAUUGCAUGCGAAUUAUCGAUACUGCUUCAAAUGAAUGUGUGAGAACAGGUGCCGGAAGUCGUUUCAUUUAAAUCAUCAACUACUUAUUUUAAUCCCAAUUGCGAAUGGAUGCAAAAACAAGCGACCAUGUGUUUACAGAUCAAAACUUAAUUAAGUGUAUAAAUUAUUUUACAAUUCCUCAUUGAAUAAAAUGAUACUGUUUAGAGAACAUCAUUUAACAAAAUA